AUGCAUGCUCUUGACACUGAGAUUACAGUGACUAUCUCAGGCCACUUCUCGCCCACCUCCCUUGCUCUCAAUCAUCACUUCCUUCUCUUCCAGGAUCCGCAUCGUGUCGGCGUAGCUGAAUAUACGCAUCCCUUGCCGCUGUCCCUGACUCACCUCACCACACCACACCACACCACACCACACCACACCACGUCGCGCCUGCAUCGCAUCGCAUCACAUCAACCGAUCGACCAACUAACGAGCAGUCUCCUUAUAGGCGGCCUUUUCGACACUGCUCUUGGUCCAAUUGGCCCCCGUCUAUCCAUUGCUAUUCACACUUGCGAGGAUGAUCGCUUUCAGAUAGGAAUCGUUUGUGGCAAACUCUUCCCCGCCAUCUCAACACAAGUGAAAACGGCUUCAUAUCUCAGCCUGCAGGAGGGUCUCCCUCGCUCACCGUCGGCCAUGAAACGCUUCUUCUCCCGCUUUUCAACAGCUGCGCCUAUUUCACCAGCCAAGCCGGCGCCAGAAGCUUCUUUCGAUCACUCAGAGAAGCAAGACUUGGCUGCUCCUAGCCCAGCUCCACCACUCAAGGCACCAUACAACACGGUCGGUCGGACCAAAGCGCUUGUUGUCAAAUCUGAAGCGACUGUUCUACACCAGCCUAUACCACAUUCUCUCUCUACCAACAAUGCUACACCUGCGCCGCAACUGACGAUACCCAUCACCUCCCUCGAAUCGCCGCUCUCCGACGUUCAGCUCAACCCUUUCGACUAUGCUCUUUCUUCCUCUGCACCUCGAUCCGUACCAAGUCGCGUGCCCGGAUCCAGCUUGCCCGCUGAUGCGCCUAUUCAGCAUUCGAAAAGCGACUCUGUGACUCCCAAAGAUAGAUCACACUCGCCGUAUAUAGCAGGGCAGGCGAACGAUCAACGUCAAGCCAGCUAUGGCAGCCAAACGGGCUUCUCGACCACUCAUACCAGCAAGACCGUUGCCUUCGCACCUUCCCCUCAGAAGCAACGAUCUACCUCGCCAGCUCUCCAGCGCUCGUCUAUGGCGCCGCCACUCUCGCGCAGCAGCUCCAACGACAGCAACCCAUUUGCAGGAAGUAGCAACUUUGCAAGACCUACUGCCGCAAGUCAGGCCCGAUCACGCACCUGGACCAGAUCAGCAGCUAGCGAUGCCAGUCAACAGGUGUCUUUGGCCGCCGGCUCCUACAGCGUUCGUGAUAAGAGCUCUUCCAGCUAUGCGCGCUCCUCUAGAGUGAGUCAAGCCGCUUCGACGCGAUCCAGUGCACGUCGCAGCUACUCGUACUCAAGUGGACCAGCAACUCUGGAUGGUGACCCCUCGGGGCUCGCUUCAACGUCUUCACUUGUGGCAAGUCGGACUCACGACAUCCCAUCGUCCAUCCGGAGGCGCACCUCACUCGAUGUUGCUCAAAGUGGAAGAGUCUCUCCAAUCAAAGCAUCUCGUCCGGCUGCUGCUUCGGGGCCGUUGCAGUUUCCCACUCGUACUUCGCAGCCCAUGCGUAUCAGCUACUCUGGCUCCAACAGCAGUCGACCGGCAAGUCGCAGAAAUAGCUUCAACCCAGUGUCGCCAACUGGCUCCAACGAGCCCGUUGUGUUCCCACAUUCAGGCGGCGCCGCAGCUCGAUCCUUUGCAUUCCCUACGUGGAGCGAGAUGACUCACGAGGAGCUCGUCAGAAACCUCGGUCCAAGAGAGCGCACACGCCAAGAGGUCCUGUGGGAAAUCGUAGCCAGUGAAGAGCGAUACGUUGCUGAGCUCGAGAAGGCCAAGGAACUCUACAUCGACGCCCUUAUCCAUCCAGAGCACUUUGAUCCUGAGCGCGUCUUACCACCGCCCUUGACACCCAACACCCCUUUCUCCACCGAUCGGUCCGGCUCAAAAGAUUGGUCUUCGACACCGCAGUCUGGCGUUUUGUCGACCGGCAGUCUGAUUACGAACGCGUCGAGCUCAAAAGCAGCCGUUGCCACUUCAAGUGGUGACCUUCCUAUUGCCGCUCGCUUCAUGUCUUGUGUCUCGGCGGGCAAAGCUGCAGGCAAUUCAAUCGAUGCUAGUAUGCGCGAGAUACAAUCUCAGUGGCAUGCACAGCAAGCAGCAGGAUCACGAAGCCCGUAUUCGGUCGGCGUAGGUGACCCUGCCACAUCUGACUAUCCAUCUGCACGUAAUGGUCUCAUACCGAACCGAUCAGACGCAGCUUUCGGUCUCGCCCUUGGCCUCGGCACAACAGCGACAGGAGAUCGAAGCACGGCUGCCUACAUGGACGUGCCAAUCGCUGCGAAGGGCAAGGCCAGAGUGUCCAAAGCACAAAAGUUGCGGGCGCUGUCUAGUAAGGCAAGCAGCGACGCGGAUCCUCUGCGGCUCUCGGUUCCACUGCCACCUUCCCUGCGCCAAGUCCUUGUUGCUAUGUCUGACGGCCUGGUUGAGGCACAUGGAAUGCUGUCGGACGCUCUCAAAGCAAGAUACGAGGAGCAGUGGCCACUGGUACGAAGCUUGGCUGAUGUGUUCAUGAAGUACUCGCAUAUCCUCGAACACUAUGCAAGCUACGUAUGCCACCUGCAGAGAGCCAUGGAAGAGGUGGAAGAAGCUGCUUUGAUGGAGCGGGCAUUCCGAGGCAAGCGACUCAAGAAAGAGCGUCUCAGCAACACCGUUGGACUCGGGCGUACUGUAGCGGCCCUCGAGACAUGUGCAGCUGAGCAAGGCUACGCAGGGCUCUCGAUCUUCGCAUCGAUGCCCUUUCAGCGACUGCUCAAAUACCCGCUGUUGUUCCAGAACCUCCUCUUCCAUACCGAUCCAUCGACUCACGAGUUCGAGAGCACCGUUGCUAUGGUAGUCGAAAUCGAACGGCUUGUCCGCUCCAUCGAGGACGAGAAGGUCAAUGCCGAGGAAAGAGACAAGACACGUGACGUCUUUGCCCGCAUCGACGGCAUCACUGACCGACAGGUGCUUCGACCCCGGCCAGACAGGACCUUGAUCGAGGAGAAGGCUCUCUACGACGAGCAUGCCCGCAGAACACUUUCCGAGUCCGCGCCGAAGGACGGUCGAGGUGAAACGUAUGCUUCCGAUAGCGAAGGAGGGGAAAGUGGGCCUGAGGGCGGUAGUCAACAAGGCGGUCGAUGGAGCAGCUCGAAUCAGCCUGGCUUACGAGCUGCGCUCAGAAACAAGCGCUCUUAUCGGAGACUCUCAGACUUGUUGUCAUCGGAAGAACGCGGUGGAGGAUCGUCGAAGGCGCCAGCUUUGGGUAGCAAGAAGGAUCUUUGGGUGGUACGUUUCUCCGAUGUCGAGAUCAAGUGCCAGCGUAUUGGUGUAACAGCUCUACCAAUGGUUAGCACUGCCGCUCUGAGAGACGAGGGCGCUGCCGCCGAAAUCGAUACGAGUGAUUUCACUGCACGCAGCAAAGACAGUCGUGGACGUCUAAAAGCUUUGCGCAACACAACGCUACGUGCAAAGACGCGCAACCUGUACAAGUUCGUCUCUGUUGUUGCUUGGCGAAAUGCAGCUUCACGUCAAGCGGAAGGCGGGAAAGGAGGCUUUGCAGAUGGACUGCCUUUAUCACACGAGGGCAUCGAGGAGGAUGAUGAGGAAGAUGACGAUGACGGCGCCAGUGUCAGCAGUGCUGAUAGUAGCAGCGCGAGUAGCAGCAGCUCUGGUUCUGGCAGUAGUGACGGCGUUGAUGGUCAAGCCGGGAAGGAAAAGUAUGUCCGAUCGACCAAGCUUUCGUUCACGUACUGGGGCGAUCGCAUCGAGCCUGGACGUGCCAUAGCUGGUGUGCGGGCAAAUGGCGGCGGCAACACCCAAGUCAAGAUAGCCGCUAACAGAUCUGCGCGACGUACUAAUGGAGUCUCGACUGGCUCAGUUUCACGAAGCGCACAAAGGCCAGCUGCUGCCUCGACGGAUUCAGCUGUCACUGCAGGAUCGGCUGCUACCACCGAAAGCUUGCGUGCAAGUAGACAAGCACGCUACAGCACACCUGGCGGUCAUCCACCGAGCACAGUCAGAUCGACUGGCAAAGUGUCUGGACGACUCGGCGAGCCUCUCUCAGCGACCUCGAUGUCGACAGCUCCUGAAUCGAUGCAAACUGCAGUGGCGCAGAUGCAUGCUCGACAGCGCAAUGACAAAUUCGGUGGUCGUCUUCGAAGCUCCAUCACUCCAAUGACUGCUGCGCCUGCGGGAGGAGAAUCAAACGCUUCCCACGUGUCGGUCAAUCUUGUUGGCAGUGGAGAUGCGAGCCGCAGAGGAAGUACCGCGGCCAACUAA